AUGGGCGAGACUAUCCGACGGGUCAAUGGCUACGACCAUGAUGCGUACACCUACUACCCGGUGGUCAUCGUGGGAGCGGGCGCGUCAGGCAUCGCGAUGGCAUGCCAAUUGAAGGAGCAGCUUGGUUUUGACCAGUUCAGGAUAUUUGAUCGGCAGGCAGGCAUCGGCGGUACAUGGUGGAUUAACCGAUAUCCUGGAGUCGCGUGCGACGUCCCCGCCAUCUUCUACAGUUUCAGCUUCAAGCAAAACCCAAACUGGACCUCAUUCUACCCACCGGGGCCCGAGAUUGUGCGGUACUACCACGAAGUCUGCGAGUCGUACAAGAUCACAGAUAAGUUCGAGUUGAACACCGAUGUAGAGCAAUGCACCUGGCUGGAAGAUGAAAAAGUCUGGGAGGUCCGGCUGCGGCGCUUGAUGGCCGGCAUGGGCGAUUUGAGUUCCAAGGACCGCGCGAAGAUUGCGAAAGAGAAGGGAGAGGCGGCUGUGUAUGCCGAGACGGAGAUUGUGAGGGCGAAGAUUGUGGUUUCGUGUGUGGGUGGACUUGUCGAGCCGAGGGGCUGGCCGGACGAGAUUCCUGGUAUCGAGAAGUUCAAGGGCCCGGUGUUCCACUCGGCACGAUGGGAUGAGAGUGUCGACUUCAAAGAUAAGAACGUUGUAGUGGUGGGAACGGGAUGCAGCUCAGCGCAAUUGGUUCCACGAUUACCCAACGCACCAUAUAACGCGAAAUCAGUUACUCAGCUCAUGCGAACGCCUCCAUGGGUCGUACCUUCGUCGGUUCCUCCAGGUGGCGACGAAUGGUGGGAAAAGAACUCCAAGAGGCUGUUCAAGCUGGUUCCCGGGCUCCAGAACUCCCUUCGUCUGUUGGUUGCCGGUGGCGCAGAAAUUCAAUUCCAACAACUGUUCCGCACCACUGAAUACGCGGAGAAGCACAGAAAGAUCUACGAAGACCGAAUGUUAAGACGCAUGAAGAAGAUUGUUCCCGAGAAAUACCACGAGAUCCUAACACCGAACUACGGCGUCGGCUGCAAGCGAAGAAUUUUCGACAAGAGAUGGUACCAGGGUCUGAACGAUCCCAAGAUCGAGCUCACAACACAGCCUCUGGCGCGCGUCAACGAGGACAAUGUGGUCAUUGGGCCUAGCGCCCACUAUCCCAAGGAUGCAAAGACUGACCUUCCCGAGAAAGAAGUACCUGCCGAUGUCAUCAUCCUGGCGAACGGAUUCGACACAACAAAAUGGCUCCACCCACUGCGCGUCGCCGGAAAAGGCGGUAAAGAUCUCGUCGACACAAUGGAGGAGCGAGGAGGACCGCAAGCCUAUCUAGGAUCCGCCAUGGACGGAUUCCCAAACUUCUUCAUAAUCUUCGGACCUAACACAGCAACAGGCCACUCCUCGGUGGUCAUGGCGUCAGAAAACAUGGUGAUGCAUUCGCUAAACUUCAUCAAGCCCAUACUACGAGGAGACGUGGCCGCAGUAGAGGUCAAGCACGAGGCGGAGGUUGCUUACACGCAAGAAAUCCAAGCCGCGCUCAAGAACACGGUCUUCAUGAGCGGCGGCUGCGUGUCCUGGUACUUCACCGAGAACGGAUGGAACUCGACUGUGUAUCCAUACUCCCAGAUCGACUUCUGGCGGCGAUGCCGCUUUCCGAGGUGGAAUGACUGGAGCCUCACGUACACGCAGCAAGGAAUCAACCGGAAACGCAGGGACCAGAUCGUUCGCAUCUUGGCUGUGGCGGCUAUUGUCGUGGGCGCGUAUCGUGCGCGUCAAAAUGGGAUAGAUUUGACGAAUGUGAAGGGAUUGCUUCUGCAAGUGCUGCAGGGCUCGUUUGCGAGGUUCUCGUAUGUUUUGGAGCUUAUGAAAGGGCGGGCGCAAGCUGUUCUGAAGAACUAG